CGGCUCAUGGCAUCUCCCGAUGGCCGUGUUUUCUCAGCUCCCCUAGCCCACCUUUGGUACAGCCCGGCCACGCCCCCUCCCGGGCGCUGUUGGUACUGGGCUCCCCCGCUCGCCGCAGUGGUUUGGCCGCGGCGACCCUCUUGGCGGCGCGCCCCCCGCACUUGGUACGGCCCAGCCCGUCUCCCCCGAAGACGCGCGCCCAAGCCCCUCAGUCGGUGGAGCCCGCAAACCCCCGUGCGGCCUGCGGCAGACCCUCGCCCGCUCGGCCCACGCCCGCCAUGGUCCGUCCGCGCCGCGCUCCGCACCGCUCCGGCGUUGGGGGCCCCCUCGGGGGUCGUGGCCGCCCCCCGCGGCCCGCCGUGGCCCGCGCUGUUCGCUCACGCUCCUGGCCCGCCAGCCCCCGGGGCCCGCAGCCGCCGCGGAUCCGGGCCCGCUCGGCCCCGCCCAUGGAAGGCGCCCGGGUCUUCGGUGCCCUGGGCCCCAUCGGGCCCUCCUCACCUGGGCUCUCACUCGGGGGCCUGGCUGUGGGCGAGCACCGGCUCAGCAACAAGCUGCUGGCCUGGAGCGGCGUCCUUGAGUGGCAGGAGAAGCGCAGACCCUACUCUGACUCGAGCGCGAAGCUGAAGCGGGUCCUGCCCUGCCAGGCCUACGUGAACCAGGGCGAGAACCUGGAGACCGACCAAUGGCCGCAGAAGCUGAUCAUGCAGCUGAUCCCACAGCAGCUGCUGACCACACUGGGCCCCCUGUUCCGCAACUCCCAGCUGGCGCAGUUCCACUUCACCAACAGAGACUGCGACUCCCUCAAGGGCCUCUGCCGCGUCAUGGGCAACGGCUUCGCGGGCUGCAUGCUCUUUCCCCACAUCUCCCCCUGCGAGGUGCGCGUGCUCAUGCUCCUGUACUCGUCCAAGAAGAAGAUCUUCAUGGGCCUCAUCCCCUAUGACCAGAGCGGCUUUGUCAACGCCAUCCGCCAGGUCAUCACCACCCGCAAGCAGGCGGUGGGCCCCGGUGGCGUUCACUCAGGCCCUGUGCAGAUCGUCAACAACAAGUUCUUGGCGUGGAGUGGCGUCAUGGAGUGGCAGGAGCCCAGGCCAGAGCCCAACAGUCGGUCCAAGAGGUGGCUGCCAUCGCACGUCUACGUCAACCAAGGCGAGAUUCUGAGGACCGAGCAGUGGCCCAGGAAGCUGUACAUGCAGCUCAUCCCACAGCAGCUGCUGACCACCCUGGUGCCGCUGUUCCGGAACUCGCGCCUGGUGCAGUUUCACUUCACCAAGGACCUGGAGACGCUCAAGAGCCUGUGCCGGGUCAUGGACAACGGCUUUGCCGGCUGCGUGCACUUCUCCUACAAGGCCUCGUGCGAGGUGCGCGUGCUCAUGCUCCUGUACUCCUCGGAGAAGAAGAUCUUCAUCGGCCUCAUCCCGCACGACCAGAGCAACUUCGUCAACGGCAUCCGCCGCGUCAUCGCCAACCAGCAGCAGGUCCUGCAGCGGAACCUGGAGCAGGAGCAGCAGCAGCGAGGGAUGGGGGGGUAGUGGUCCCCUGGGCGGGGCCCCCCACGAGUCACCGACGAGGCCCCCAGUGAGACUGGUCAGAUGCCUCUGAGUGUGGCCCCUGGGGGCUGCAACUGCCCGGCGAGAUGGAGGACAGCGUCCUGAGGUGCCUCCAAGGAUCGUCCCCACCCCUGUACCCCACCCCAAUAAAGCCUCUUAAAAGCUCA